ACACAAUUCACGAUACAGCCUGAUGCCUCUUUCUUCGAGUACAACUAUACGGUUGAGAAAGAAGAUUUGAGAAUGGAGGACUAGAAAUCUUAUCGCUACAUUCUCAAGCUUCUGUCGAAAAAAUAUGGAAUUUGACAGCAAGCAGGUCGCUCCAACCAGAUCAGCAACUAAUUUCGACAAUAAUUUCAGACCGCAAUCAUUCUCAAGCAUAAAAAGAAAUGUAGGCUUUCAAGCUCAGUCCGAUGACAAGUUCGACGAGACGAGUUCAACUGCCUCACUCUCAACUACUAGCAAAGCCAUAAAAUGUUUGGUGUGUAAACGAGAGGAACUUGUACUCGAUCCUUUAUAUCGUUGUUCAAAAUGCUUAGCCCGAUGGCAUGCUAGUUGUCAUAAGCCACGUCCACCGGUUGGAGCUGACGUCACUGAUUGGUAUUGCAAUCAUUGUAUUAGAAAACAUGGCCUACCACCAACAGAGUUUUCACCAGAGAGACAAUCGAUGGGCGGUGUGUGUGAGAUACCUGGAUGCAACAAGCAGAUUUACAGCAUGUUGGGUAAAAACAAAGAUGAUAGAGUCUUGUGUACUCUGCACGAGAUGACAGAGAAAAAUAAGAGGUCUAAGCUUGCUAGCAAAGCACAAAUAUCAGCCAUGUCAAGACCGGUCUCGAAACCCAUCAAAAAAACAAGACUUUACCCUGUUAAGUAUGACGAGGACAUGCAAGGAAUGAAGCGUAAACGAGGUAGAAAGCCUGGAGAUUUGAAAAAUAAGCAAAUACUUCCAAGCAGUUUUCCCAUUCAGUCAGAAUUCAAUUAUAAACCAACUACGAGACCUCAGGAGACUUCGAAUUCGGAGGGCCCGUUGUCUACUCUAGGACCGCGACCUCCCCGGGCUGAAAACUUGUCUCAUUCUCCCCACCCAAAAUUGAGAACAAUCAAAGUACCGAAUAUGAAUGGUAGCCGGGAAGUACCCAAAAUUCCGAGUCGAACCAUAAUUCAAUCAAUGUCAGAACUCCCAUCAUCGCCAGAGUACGAGCCGCCACCGCCAGGUGAAGUCGAAGAUAACCUGAGCUGUUCACCAGAAUACGAACCACCGUCGCCAGAGAAAGUUGACAGUGAUGUCAAUAUUUGGCAAUCCGACGUGGAGCAACUCGAUAUUGAACAGGGCGAUAGCCCUGGCUCUCAAAUACAAGACGAGCUCAGAGUUAUGCAAGAAAGUGCAAAAAAAGCUGCAACGGUGCCUGCGGAUGAACUUGUUCAUGGGCACGGAUCGCCGUCUUUACCAGCCCUACUGUCGUCCAGUGGACGACCGCUUGAAACAGUAUCAGCUUCUGCGGAGAAUCAGAAUCCUGAAGGCAAAGCUUCCCUAUUCGAUCAAAAAGAAGUUCCCGAGGAAAAAUCCUCAGCAGCUUCUACUACGACCCCAUUUCUAACCACUCCUUUGAUCAGGAGGCCACUAAAGCCUAUAUCACCAAAAUCCAAUCUAGAUACCACGGCUCAAAAUAUGCACUUCCUUAACCCGGAAAGUGAAAACGGCGAAGUCUUAUGUCUAGUUCAGAAACAAAAAGCAGAAACUAUGGUUGCAAGAAAAAUGGCUCCGUCUAAGCAAGUACUUCAUCAUCAGCAAAUCAUCAAUAAUGCAAUGAAUCACUUUAUACCUAUUCAGUCCCCUGUUAAUUCUCGGGAGUUGGAGUAUACAGUUUCACAGUUAUACCAGGAGGGACCGAAUCAGGAGAGAUCGAACCAACAGAGUCCAAACCAGGAAGAGCUGACGCAUUCUGCGCCACUUUACGGCGAUUACAAGCCCAACACUAUCGAGUAUCAACGUCAAUUGCGCUGCUUAACAUACGAUCCCAGCGUUCUUGAUCAUUAUUUAGAUCUACAAAAAAAAUCACAGGCUAGGGCUGAGGUUGAAAAAGAACAGAACAUCAUGCCCCAAUCAGAUAACGCCACCGAAACGCAAAUCUGGGGUAAUAUUGAUCCUAGAGUCGUAUGGCCAAAAGAACAAACUGAGAGUUGGUACGAGGCUAAACGUAAAGAAAUUGAUGCACGGGGUGGGAAGAAAGCGAAUUUUGGGAUAUUACUUACGGCACAGGUGAGGAAGGAGAGAGCUGAUAGAGGUUGGCAUCUUAAUCAGAACAAAGAAUAUGUUCCCAAGACGGACAGAAAAGGUGGUUCGAUUUUUGUGGGAGAUGGUGAUAGUCGGGACAAUAUCGAUUUGGCGAUUAGGGAUGGAGAGCUAGGAGUUCUUCUACCGGUGACAGGAAGGGACAGGAAAAAAAACUUCGGAAAAGCAAUUUCUCCCAAGGGAUAGUUGAUGGGUUAUUGGGAGUAUGGAUUGGAGUUUUGUUCUUUCGGGGAGUUAGGUUUGAAUAUGGGACGAUGAUUUAUGACACCCUUGCAUUCUUACAUGGCCUAUAAUUGGAGUAGAUAAGAGUGCGGCAUAAUGGAUGACUUUGGGUUAGUUUGGGAACGUCUCAGAUGUGGCGGAAUCUUUUGGUACUACCCACAUAACAUACAUACAAGCGGGUAUGAAAUGUAUAUACAGUGCGUUAACAGACUCUACUGUCUUUGGUGAACGCUAUUGAUGUCUAUACAAAGUUGCUCUUGACUGCUCUGGUAAAUCCGGCAGCAACACGAUAGUAUCCGAGCAAAUUUGGAUGGUCCUAUACACUAUCCCCUUGACACUUGAACCGAUGGUACUUGAUGUAGAUUUAGUAUGAAAACAGACACGUUACCAAUCGAAGUAUUUGUAUUGUAUUGCUGAUAUUUAGACACCAGGUUAUUAUACUUGAGAAAGAAGAGGGAUGUGAUCAGUCGCCCAGCUGAACUUCUUCAUUCCGCUCCCGAAUUUCUGAGCUGUUGGUUAAUGUCAAGGACCAAGGAAGAGUCUGGGACGCAUGCACGUCGAUUCCAUGUUUGGAUUUAAGUUAAGGAGAGUGGAUCUAAAUUUAUUCCGUGUAGACUGGUGUGGGUUCAGGGAUGCAACGUCCUUUUGGUGGGAAUAGUGGAAAUGGCUAGUGGGUGGGCGGAUCAAUGAUCGGCUAGGGGACAGUGAAGGAAUGGAAUAUAAGAAUUGGAUAUUUGGGACAUUUUUGAAUGCUUAGAUGUGUGCAACCUGAUAUUGCAAAAAUAGGUGGUUCUUUCUUAUCAGAAUGUAGUGGACCAAAGAGACGAGGUGAAGGUGAAGAAGGUGAUACGAGUGAUGAAAGCAGAAAUCAAUGGAAUUGGCGGGAGCAGAGUGAAGGUUUCAUGGAGGCGGGAU